AUGUCUUCGUCUGGUGUUCAGCGUCCCCUGGGGGGGCAUACAAACGAAGACUCUGGCAAUGCUGAGCUGAAGAGUUUGAACGAGGCAUUGAGCAAGCAAAAGUAUCUCGCCGGGUUUCACGGUGAUACGCUCAUUGGGGAUAAAGUAAUUUCCAAGGUCGGGCUCACGGACGAUCUGAAGGGCAUCCUAAAGCUCAAGAACGCAUCCAGCAUUACAGCAGUCCUGGCAAACUAUCUCAAGGGAAAUGGCCUCGACAUCAAGGCUGGUGCAUCGCUGGUGGCAUCCAUGUCAAACAACAGUGUGGUCAGGGCCGACUUCAUCGAAGAGCAGGUCAAGAUCAAAUACGACCGCAUGCUGCACCCGCCUUUGAGUUACUUGGGCGAUGCUUUCAAGUACCGGACCGCUGAUGGCAAGUUCAACAGCGCCAUCAACCCACACCUGGGCCAAGCUGGAGCCCCUUACGCCAAAACCGUGCCUGCGAAGACCCAUCCACUCGGAGCCUUGCCAGAUCCAGGAGAUCUUUUCGACCGGUUAAUGGCAAGAGAGGAAAAUGGCCGUCCAAGUCAGUCAGGCUUGUCCAGCAUGCUCAUAUACCAUGCCACUAUCAUCAUCCACGACAUCUUCCGCACCAAUGACAAUGACAAGAGCAUCUCUGAUACGUCGUCAUACCUCGAUCUGUCGCCACUGUACGGCUUCACAGAGGAGAUGCAGCGCAAGGUUCGUGAUGACAAGUAUGGCCUUGGCUUGCUUAAGCCAGACACGUUUGCAGAGGACAGACUGCUUCGUCAACCGCCGGGAGUUUGUAUCAUGCUGGUCAUGUACAACCGGUACCACAACUACGCAGCAACACAACUUCGGCGCAUCAACGAAAACGGCCGCUUUUCGGUCCCCAGAAAAUACCGGGAGGCCAAGCUCCUCGCGGCGGCAAAGUACUUUGUCAAAGAUAACCUGAAGGACAACACGGACUACCAGGAAGCCCUGGAGAGAUUCAAACAUGCUAACCAGGCCUUUGAGAGCAACGGCCGGGUUUCCACCGAUGAGUACAAAGAUGCAUCGGAUGCCCUCCAGGUCUUCAUCGAUAGGGUCCAGCCAGACAGCAAGCAAGUCAAAGCCUUCUACGACGGCUACGAUGCAGCCUGGAAGAAGCUGGAUGACGACCUCUUUCACACAGCUCGGUUGAUCACAUGCGGGAUCUACAUCCAAGUCUCCAUUCACGACUACCUGAGGGCACUGAUGGGCUUCCACCAGUAUGACACCAACUUCACCCUUGAUCCGAGAGUGAAUCAGUCGAAAGCCAAGGAGGUAUCGCGGGGCCUGGGCAACCAGGUAACGGUUGAGUUCAACCUGCUCUAUCGGUUCCACUGCGCCAUUUCCCUGGGCGACGAGGAAUACCUCGAGAAAUAUCUGGAGGAGGAAUUUGAGAAGAAAUCCAAGCCGGACUGGAACCCAAAGGAAAUGGGAUUGCAGGAGUUCCUCAUGGAGAUGGGCCAGGUGCGGGAGCGGGCGAAGAAUGAUCCUGCCGUUGAACCUUGGGAGAUUGAGUUUGGACUCAAGAACAAGGACGAAGACGAAGCCAGGAAGAAGAUGGCCUUCAAGCGUGACCCAAUUACCAAACUGUUCAAUGAUGAGGAUAUGGUCGAACACCUUACCAAGGUGAUGGACGAGCCAAUCUCGAACUUCGGACCUAGGAACGUACCUCGGUCCUUGAAAGCCGUCGAGAUCAUGGGCAUUCUCCAGGCGCGCAAGUGGGGGGUUGGAACGCUGAACGACUUCCGUGAGUUCUUCGGGAUGAAGCGUCACGACACGUUCGAGAGCAUCUCAGGCUGCGUUGAGGUCCAGAAUGCACUCCGGGACCUCUAUGAGCACCCAGAUAAGGUUGAGCUUUAUCCCGGUGUCUUCUGCGAGUCGGACGCAAGCCAAAGUGCGGAUCCAGGGCCGAGUGAUGUCGACUCAGCGUUGUGGGCCGCCAUCUUCUCCGAUGCCAUCACUCUCGUCCGGUCGGAUCGGUUCUACACGGUUGACUGGAACACGAACUCGCUUACAUCCUGGGGUAUGAAGGAGGUAACCCCAGAUAACGAUGUGCUCAAGAGCUCCGUGUUCCAUCGGCUUCUGCAGCGAUCGUUCCCGGAGUGGUUCCCCAGCACAUCGGUCCGGUUCUUCCACCCCUUCUAUACCGCCCAGAAGAACGCCGAGUAUGCAACGGCGCAAGGCUACGGCAAAGACUUCGCCAUCAAGCCUGCUGCGGAGAAUUCUGAGCGGAAGGUCACGCAGAUGUUCGACACUUCAGCCUCAAACCCUCGCAAGCCUGUCGAGCCCAAGAUUCUCACUGAUCAUGUCCAGAUCAUGGCAGUCCUGGAUGACGACACGGACCACAUCGUUCAUCCAGUCCGCCUGGAGCCCGAGAUUCUCCCCGCCAAGGUCGCCGAGGUUCUGGCUGUGCGCGAAGAAGAAGGCACGACCAACGGUAGAAGGUCACAUGGCGAGCACCGGGAAGACAUCGACACCGAUACCGACGACUUGAUGACAUACUUCACUACCCUCAUGAGAGAUAUCAUCAGGCGUGAAUCCGUCGUGAUGAAACCGGGACAGGAAAACCCGAAGACUGACCCGUGUUAUCAGCUCGAUGUCACCAGAGACUUUGCCAUCCCCGUCGUUACUCGAUAUGUCGCUGACUUCCUUGGUUUCGGACAUCUCGUGAAGUCGGAGAAGAAUCUGCAUGCGAAGUACUCCGAGAACGAGAUUUACCAGCACAUCACGAACUGCCAUCUCUACUUCUCGUACAACGCCGACGAGACCAAACUCCCGAAACGGCGCAAGGUGUUCAAGGACUCGAUGCACUUCCUCUUUGAUCUGACGCUCAACGAGGGCAACGUUGCCGAGGCGAACAAGUUCCGUCUCACACGGGCAAUCCAGAGUGUUGGAUCAUGGUUCUCGAAGUCUGCAGCCGGCGACAAGAACCCGAUGAGCGAGCUGGGAUUCAAAGUUUCCGAGCAGGUCUUGCAGCAACAGAAGGGCGACACUGGUAGGGUGGCGGCAAUUUUGUUGCUCAUUGCUCUUGACAGCUCGUAUAACUCGGUUCUUGCCUUCACGUCAGUUCUGAACUCGUUCAUCACUGGACUGUACACGCUGGCAGCCGAGAAACGGAAGGCUUCAGGAGUUACAGCGGAGAAAAGUUGUGAGUGGCGUGAUGUUCAACAUCUCGCGUUGGCCGAGUUUGCGGAUGUGCCGACCAACACCUUUGACGAUAUCAAGAGGAUCGUCUUGAAAGCACAGAGGAAGAGCGUGAAGCUACCCAUCAUACGCAAGGCGCGCAUGACUUGUGUGGUAGAGGGAAGUGACUUGACCGUGGAGAAAGAUCAGCUGAUCAUCUGUGACAUUAACCGCGGUGAUCGGAAGCACAAGGACGAUGUCUCAGCCACUGGCGCGCCACCACACUGGGAAACUAAAUACCUCUCCUAUCACACCAGCUUCACCGAGAGGUUGACUGGAUAUCACCCCAGGCACCUCGCUGCGAACAGUCUGACCGCCAUGAUCAAAGUCCUAGCUCAGCUCAAGGACCUCAGACGAGGCCACACUGCCCAAGGCCAUCUGAAGAAAAUUGCGCUCGACUCGUCAUACGCGACAUACACCAACUUCAUGGCACCGCAGCGUAUCAGACAAAUCAACACCCAAGUGAGGGCCAAGAUCGCAGAGGCCAAAGAAGCCGCUGACUUGACGACGGCCGAGAAGCUGAAGAAGACGUACAACCUCGACAGACUGCGAUGCCCUGCGACGGACACGUACAUGACCCCCGAGUGGGACGAGAUGAUUCCGUUCCCGACUACCUGGAAGGUCAGAUUCAACGGCUUCGGGAAGUCGACGUAUGGUGGCGAGGACUGGCCUCUUCUUCAGUCAACGCUGGUGCCGGAUGAUUUCCCCCCUUUCUAUGAGCUUCCUGGCGGACCGAGUCAUACGGGAGGUUCGUUUGGAGACCCGAUUUACCCAUGUCCCGCGAAGCACCAAGAGGAGCUGGCCAGCAGAAAGAAACAUGAGGAACAUGUUUCGAAUGGGGAGAGCGGCAGUGAUGCGGGUGACUCUGCCAUCGGUCUGGGUGAUGGGUCAACAUGGACCUCGGCCUUCGGAGGGAUCCCGGAAACCGUCAUCAAACCAUGGAAACCGCCACCGCGAAAGACCUAUCUCUUUAAAAGAGCAAACCUCGUUGAUACCGCUCAAGGGACCAUUAUCUCCAAUGUCAACGUCAAGAUCGCAGAUGGCGUGAUCAAGCUAGUCGAGAAGAACGAUCCCAGGAUUGCUGGCCUCGCUCAUCAUCUACGGGGUGAAGAUGACUUGGGACCGGUAACAGAAGUCGACCUUGACGGCAAAUUUCUGUGCCCUGGGCUUAUUGACUGCCAUGUCCACAUCAGCGCCGUACCAGGGGGACUCAGUCUCUCGUCCGCCGCGGCCAUCUCUGAUCCUGCCAUUUCCCUUCUUCGUCAACCCUUCGUCUGCUCGCAGAUGCUUAAUAGGGGGUUUACCACUGUUCGCGACACAGGCGGUGCCACGCUUGCUUUGAAGGAGGCCAUCGAAGAAGGUGUCUUCCCCGGACCACGGCUCUUUUUCUGUAAUCGGGCUCUGUCUCAGACAGGUGGCCAUGGUGACCUCCGUGGCGCGCACGACCACGGGAACCAAGGAGGAGGAGGAGGCUGCUGUGGGGGCUCGGCGGGUCAACUGGCUGUGGUCUGUGACGGAGUACCGGCGUGCAUUCGUGCGGCGCGAGAGCAGCUGAGGACUGGAGCGGACUUUAUCAAGAUUAUGGUUGGAGGCGGCGUUGCCUCUCCCACAGAUCGGUUGACCAACACGCAAUUCACGGCUGCUGAGGUCCGGGCCAUCUGCGAUGUGGCAGAGAGCUACGGAACCUACGUGACUGCUCAUGCAUACACGCCCAAAGCAAUCCGCCAUGCUGUUGACAAUGGUGUCAAGGGUAUCGAACACGGGAACCUUAUUGACGAAGCGACGGCACAGUAUAUGGCCGAGAGGGGAAUUUGGUUAACGCCAACGCUAGUGACGUAUGACGCGAUGGCAUCAGAUGAGUAUGCUGGCUUCCUGCCGCCAGAAAAUCAGCGAAAGAACGAAGAGGUACUCCGUCAAGGACUGAAGUCGCUCACCAUUGCGGAGAAAGCAGGAGUCAACAUGUGUUAUGGCUCUGAUCUUUUAGGACCUUUGACGAGGGAGCAGUCGAAGGAGUUUGGUAUCCGGUCGGUAAUCCUAAAGAGCAAGCAGGUUUUGCAGUCAGCUACUGUAAAUGCAGCAAAGAUGCUGGGACAGGAGUCGUUUCUGGGCCAGCUCAAACCAGGAUAUGCUGCCGACAUGCUUAUUCUCAACGUCAACCCAUUCAACGAAGUGGCGGCGUUGGACGAGCCAGAGAGGCACGUGUUGGCAGUAAUCAAGGACGGGCGAGUAUACGUGAGCCGGUGGAGAAAACUUCCCGUGGAUGCAACACAUAGAGAGGAGCUGAUCGAGUGA